GAAUACCUUUGAUCUGGUUUCCGUAAAUAAAAUAGAGAGAAAAUCAGAGAGACGGACAGACACUUCCUGAGCCAGUCGCCCGGGUCUCUCUGUGUUUGCGUGGAUAUUUGUGAGAACAUGGAGACGCUCGAAUGCGAUUUGCGCCUCCAGACUUUUACUGCGGACAUACUUUCUCUUUUGCAUAUUUAUUUUUUUUACUAGAGAGGCUCAGAUUUUUUUAACGUCUUCGACUCAGCUUUGAAACGCGUCUCCUUUGUGAAUAAACCUGCAGUGACAAUGAAAACCGGCAGCAGCUUUUCUCACCGUCUGCUGAUGCUGAUUUCAAUCACUUUAGUCCCAGUUCUAAAAGCAGAAGAAGUGACAGGAUAUGUUGGCAGUGAAGUCACCCUCCCAUGCCCCGCAAACCAAGGACCAAACUUUGACAAUGUUACACAAGUGCAGUGGGACCUGCUGGGACCAGGAGGGAAUAAGACCAGCAUCAUUGUUUUUAACACACAACAUGGGGAGCAUAAGCAUGAGUCUCCUCUGAAAGAGAGAGUAAAGGUGGACAGGCAAUCGUUGACAAUAAAGGACGUUGGAGUGGCAGAUGCAGGGUUGUACAAAUGUGUCCUCACCACGUUUCCCAGUGGUUCAUCUCAGAGAAUCACCAGACUUGUCGUUCAAGAGCAGAGGCCGUUAUCUACAGGAAUUGUUUCUGCGAUCGUCAUUGCCGUCGUUUUGCUGUUUGUGAUCCUCUCAGCCACGGCUUACCUCCUCUUCAUCAGAAAGCAUGAUCCAGCUGUCAGUUUCCACGUCCAAAUAGACACAUCUGGUCAGGUGGCAGGUGCAACCAGGCCAUCGUUUAUUGUAAAAGAGCCGGAAGUGGUGUAUGCUGACGUGAAGCAUAAAUCAUCAAGAGAUGGCACUUCAUCCAAUAUCAAACCCAAAGACACUGAACAGGGUCAUGAAGUUACAUACUCUGAGGUCAAAGUUGUGCGACUACAACUCCAGCGCGAUUCCGUCUGCACACAUGCCAUUUCCAGUUGUUGAAAAAACUAUUAAGAAAGACUUCAGUGCCAUUGACAUACUACAUUUGAUCCUAAUCAUCGGCCCCUCAACACAGCAUGUUAACAAACUCUUACUUGAACUAACAGAAAACCAACAUUCCAGUCUGCAUGUGACACAUUUGUAGCCUGCAGUUGCCCUAUUAAGCCAUUUAUUGGCUUAAUCAUGCAACUUUGUCAGGUUUAAUGUCUAAUGUCAUAACACAUAAUACUUAAAAAAUUCAUCUGAUCCUUACAUACAGCCCAUUACUCAGUAUAAUUUGAAUAAUUCCAAAUUAAGAAAUUGCUAUUCUUUUUAACUAAAUGGCAGUGGAAGCCGUUUUAGCAGCAAUUACUGGGAGCCAUCAUUCUUUGUGUACUGUUAUUAAUUCUGGUACACUUCUUUCCAUUUGAAUCGGUUUACUGAAAUUGCAAUUUUCUUUAUACAAAAUUACACUUCUCUGCGAUCACGGCUGAUGUCUUUUCUCCGUGGCACAUAAUUAAACCACUCCUGAACGCUUUGAGCUGCAAACAGCAGCGGUGGGUGGUUGCUUCAUGACUUCUUUAUUUUCAAUGGGAGUAGUCCAGCUGUAUUUUUUCCUUUUUUUUUUUUU